AUGCAGGCACCAUUUGUGGCAGGUGCGAGUGGAAAACGUGAGGCAGUUCCUUCACAUCUCAGAGCUGCCCCACCUACACCUUGCCCAGAUAUCCAGCCCAGCCAGCCGUCAGCUUUUCCCAUCUUCAUCAUCAGAUCCAAUACAAACUAUACUAUUAGCUGGAUUUGCGCCAUCACCACCGAAUUUGUCGCUACACAGGCCUUUCUUAACGAGAGACACGAAAGACCUAGGGAAGUUUCGCAGAAUGAUAGCAACAACUACGCAUUAGGCAAGCUUGGCGAUCACAACGUCGUUAUCGCCGUCUUACCCAAUGGAGAGUACGGCAUAGCCUCGGCCGCGGUCGUCGCCGGGGACAUGCUACACAGCUUUCCCAACAUCCGGCUCGGAUUAAUGGUCGGCAUCGGGGGCGGCGCGCCGAGUCAGAAGCACGACAUCCGCCUCGGCGACAUCGUGGUAAGCAGUCCCCGUAACGGCAAAGGCGGGGUUUUCCAGUAUAACUUUGGCAAGACGAUACAGAAUCAGACGUUUCUGGAAACGGGGUUUCUGAACCAAUCGCCGAAAGUACUGCGAGCGGCCGUAAGUGGACUCAAGGCUAUGUACGAGGCGGAUGGCCACCAGCUUGACGACUAUGUUAAGAUGGUUAUCGAGAAGAAGCCUCGACUCCGAAAAAAGUACUCGCGGCCACAUCCGAGCAGCAACAGGCUAUACAAAUCAGACAUCGUACUUACGCCGGACUCGGAGGAAGGCUGCAUCGAACCAUGCAGAUACGACUCAACCCACCUCGUACCGCGCCGCGAACGAGACGAAGACGAAGACAGCCCUACUAUUCACUACGGACUAAUCGCCUCCGCAAAUCAGCUAAUAAAAGACGCACUCAUCCGGGAUCGACUAGCGGCCGAGAAGGACGUAUUAUGCUUUAAGAUAGAGGCGGCCGGCCUAAUAAACCACUUCCCGUAUCUGGUCAUCCGGGGUUUUGCAGCUAUGGUAGCUAUAGCGUACGCUAAAGACGUUCUUCGCCAGAUUCCACCUAACAAGAUCGAGGCUAAAAGGAGGGUCGUAGAAGUCCUGGGAUCUAGUUAGUGUUUUAUUUAUUUCAAUUAUUUUAUAGCUUUGCGACUACAAAAUUAUACUAAUUAAAAACUUUGCAGUACA